AUGGCUACUGUCAAGACUUUGAGGGUAGGCGUGGAUGUAGGGGGUACAAAUACCGAUGGUGUGAUUAUCGAUCCAACAAGAGCACACGAAGAGGAUCGUGGAAUUGUAGCAUGGCACAAGGCCCCGACGACAUUGAAUCCCAGCCAUGGAAUUACGAACGCAAUCACUUCCAUGUUCGAAUCCGUAUCCAUAGAUCCAAGAUCCAUAGCCAGCGUAACCAUCGGAACAACUCACUUCGUCAACGCCGUAGUGACAAGAGACUCAACACGCCUCUCCACGGUCGCAGUCCUUCGUCUCUCUUCUGCCUAUAGCAAAUACGUCCCCCCCUGCUUAGACUGGCCGGCGUCUUUGCGCAACAUAGUCCUCGGCCACUACGCGCUCGUAAAGGGUGGGCUAGAGGUCGAUGGCAGUCUAAUUUCCGAUAUCAAGGAACAAGAGAUAGUGGAGCAAUGUAGGAUCAUCAAAGAGAAGAAAAUCCAAAGCAUCGUCAUUAAUGGGGUCUUCAGUCCAAUAGACACCAUUGAGAAGCAGGAGGAACUAGCAGCUGAGAUUGUCAAACGCGAGCUAGGAGAACAAGUCGAUAUCGUCCUUAGUAAGACAGUUGCAAAUCUUGGCUUCAUCGAACGCGAAAAUGCCGCCAUCUUGAACGCAUCUAUCCUGUCAUUUGCGCGCAAAACAAUUGCUUCGUUCCAGGAUCCAAUUAGGAGGCUUGGGCUGAAUUGUCCUGUCUUCAUCACUCAGAACGAUGGGACGAUAUUGAGUGGUGAAGCCGCAUCUCGUUUACCUAUUCGCACCUUCUCUUCCGGACCAACGAACAGCAUGCGCGGUGCUGCAUAUCUCAUCGGCCAGAAGCUCAAUGAGGCGAUAAUGGUGGUCGACAUGGGUGGCACAACUACCGAUGUCGGCUUGUUGCUGGCGAACGGAUUCCCGAGACAGCAGGCAGCUUAUUCGGAACUAUCAGGCGUGAGAAUGAACUUUUCCUACCCGGAUGUCAAGAGCAUUGGUUUAGGAGGUGGGAGCCUGGUGAGACGAUUGGAUGGACAGCUCCGGGUUGGACCAGAGUCUGUGGGUUAUCAACUGCCAGAAAAAGCACUGGUAUUCGGUGGUGCUGUACCGACAGCUACAGACUACACUGUUGCUGCUUCAUCAGAGGUGAGGAUAGGCGAUACCGAUAAAGUACGCGGAAAAGUACAAGAGACCGACAUUCAGGACUUCAAGAAGGAAGUUCAAGAUAUGCUCGAGAGGAUAAUCGAUACGAUGAAGACUGCACCCGAAGAUAUACCAGUCUUGCUUGUCGGAGGCGGUGCGGUCAUAGCCCCAGACAGUUUAAGAGGCGCAAGUCGAGUUCUCAAGCCUCAGUGGUCAGGGGUGGCCAACGCCAUUGGCGCAGCCAUGGCACGAGUAAGUGCCCUCGUCGACACUGUAAAGUCAACCGAGACACAUACCUCCAAGGAGAUACUCGCGGACAUCUGCGAAGAAGCCAAGCAAAAGACCAUCGAGGCCGGAGCUUUGGCAGACUCUGUCACCAUCGUCGAGGUUGAAGACUUGCCUUUACAGUAUGUGGCGAACAAAUCGCGCUUCAUUGUUCGAGCGGCAGGCGAUUUCGACUUUUCGCGGGCAAGUGACUUCACGGACCUGAACGUCACCAGGGAUGGAGAGGUCUCCUCUGCAUUCGAGGAGGACGCCACGAAAGAUGACAUUGCUAUUCCAUCUGACGACGUCCCCCCGGUUGAAGACCAAACACUGCUAGAGGUCGACAUUGUCACGUACAAGCCAAAAGUUAUCAAUCGCGAAUGGUGGAUAUCGGAAACCGAUCUCAACUGGAUCUCGACAGGUUGUUAUAUUCUAGGAACUGGCGGCGGAGGCUCCCCGUAUUCGACGAUGCUGCGGGUACGGGGGAUAUUACGGGCGGGUGGGAAAGUACGCGUGAUCAGUCCGGACGAUCUGAGAGACGAUGAUCGAGUAGGAUGCGGUGGCGGUGCUGGUAGUCCCACUGUAGGUAUUGAAAGGCUACCUGCUGAUGAGAUGAUGGAUGCGCAGACCCAUCUUUACGAGCUGUAUAAGGGUGGAGCCGCCACGCACAUUAUACCCUUGGAGAUCGGUGGGAUGAACGGUCUGCAAGGUCUUGUACUGGGUGCAUCAACUAAUAUGAACAUUCCAUGCGUGGAUGCCGACUGGAUGGGUCGAGCGUAUCCCACGAAAUGGCAGACCACACCUGUUGUAUUUGGUGAGCGCGAGAUUGUCUUUGCGCCAGUUGCUGUGGCAGAUGGCAACGGAAAUACACUAUACAUGGGGUCAGCGACGAGCGAUCUGAAAGUCGAACAAGUCAUAAGAGCAGCACUCAGCCAAAUGGGCAGCGGUGUUGGGACUGCGGAUGCACCGGUCACUGGGGCCGAGACAAGAAGGUGGGCUGUUGAACACACAAUCUCUUUAUCAUGGCGCAUUGGUCGAGAAGUCGCACGCGCUAGAAAGGAGAAUCGCAUCGAAAAUGUUGCAGAAGCCAUUAUUGAUGCUGUAGGAGGAUCCGAUACCGGGCGUGUCCUCUUCAAAGGCAAGAUCGUAGGUGUGGAGCGCAGGCUUUACAUGGGACAUGUUUAUGGUGAAGUAGUUAUCGAGGGGGCAGAUGCCAAGUACCACGGACGCAUCAAAGUGCCCUUCAAGAACGAGAACAUUGCCGCGAUACACAUACCUCAAAGCGGAGAGACCAAGGCUGGAGAAGAAAAGAACGAGGAUGUACUGGCCAUCGCACCAGACUUGGUAGCAGUCAUCGAUGCACAGAAUGGCGAGGCCAUUGGAACUCCUGAGUAUAGAUAUGGCCUACUAGUUUCAGUGAUUGGCAUUACUGCUAGUGAGCGUUGGACCAGCCCCAGAGGUGUUGAGCUCGGAGGUCCAAAUGCCUUCGGGCUACACCAUUUGGAUUAUCGACCGUUGGGCAAGUUUGUGAAACCAGUCAGCGUGAUUGACGAAUAUGAUGGGCAGGCCUGA